UCAGCUGUUUUGUGGAACCACGCUUGCUUCGAUCGUCUACUCGCCGGUACUAACCAUGUUCCUCCGACGCUCUGUGGCGCUUUUAGUACGCGCCUUCAGUUCUACGGGCAAUACGGCCAAUGUGGCAGGAUCACAUGCAGAAACAAUCGCAACACGGCUUGAGGGUGUCGACAAAGAGCUGGUCCGUGAGUUGUUGGUCACUGUUCCGGAGCUGAGCAAAUACACGGUCGAGCACUGGGAACGGGCACACCGACUGCUUGCCUCGGAGGGGCUAGAACCGGACCGAAUACUUUCUAUCAUCGGUGGUCAUCCGGACAUACUGGUGCGACAGGAGGAGAAGGUAGCGGAAAGUUUACACUGCUGGCGCUCCUGCCAGUUCGGUGAUGUCAACACGAAGGUGCUACUCUCCGCUCACCCCUACCUGCUGGACUAUACCAACCAUGGCCAGUUGGCGCAGCGUGUUGCCUUUCUGCACUCACACUUUGAGUCUCGCAAGAAUGUGUUCCGCUUGUUUCUGAAUGCACCGAACCUACUGACCGAUGAGCAGCGCGUGACGGAGGAGAAGAUUACCUUCCUGCUGGUGCGGAUGCGCCACGAGGUACUAGACGUAGCGAAAUCCUUCGCUUUCCGGCACGACAUUGAGCAUCUGCGAUGCCGGCACACGUUCCUGGAGCGACUGGGAAUGUUCAAACCGAAGCCGUUGAAAGCGGAUAAGGAUGCACCGAGCGGUAAUCCGUCGUUGCAUCAGAUUAUCGAUACAAGCGAUAAACGGUUUGCAGUGAAGGUCGCCUACGUAACGUUGGAAGAGUACGAAGUAUUUCAGGAGCUGUUCCGCCGGGAACUAGAGCAGGAACUUGGUCGAUACUCGCUGGAGCAAGACGAUGGUGAUGAGGUUGAUUAUGAAGACGAGCAGCAUGAGGAACCGGAUCAGCUGAUAGGCGAUCGAGGUAAAAAGGCUUACCGGAAGCAUACUAGGUAGGAUUAGUUAGCAGUAAAUUAGGAUGUAUGUGUAACUAGAUGCGGUAAUGAAGUGUCCAUAGCGAAUGUGUCCCUCUUGGAAUU